UCCACGUAGUGCUGCGCUCUGCAGUUUUCUACAGUAUUUUGCUUGUUUUAACGAAUAUAUCGAGUUGUUUUGUGAAAAGUCUAAUGUUCUAAAGCAGCUUUCUUUUUUACCCUCCCGGACUUUAAUGUAGUUUAAUUAGGCAAACGUUUGUUAAAAUGUUAAUUUGGUCUUGGAGUUCACGUUUGCACAAUUUGCAUCAACUAUAUCUGAUACAGUUAAAAGAAUCUCACAUCUGUCUCUCCCUACAGCCCCCCUCGCCAUCACACCAUUUCUUGCAUUCUAAUCCAUUCUCGCAUCUUUCCAAACCCCCCCUCGCCGUGGAUGAGCUCGCUUUGUCGACUUCCAGUCAGUGGAGACAAUACAAAUGAACGCGUCGGGAGAUUCGUUCCUCUACGACGCACCGACAAGCCGCUCUGCCUUCAGCAGGAGACAGUGCGUCUGUGUGAGGGCUCUGUCGCCAGCAAGAGAAAGGCUCCAUGUUCAGUGCAGCCCUGCUGGUUCUUGGCUGCGUGCUGCUGCAGAGGAACCCAGUGACCACAGAGGGGCAUCGUGGGACCAACCGCCAUGUCUUCUAUGCGCUUCACGUGGACGGAGGGCCCGGAGCCGCCAAAGUUCUGGCCGAGCAGCACGGACUGGAGUUCAUGCUGCGGGUUGGCAGCCUGGAGGAUGUGUACACCCUCAGAGACAGCAGGGGGCGCCGUGACAGAGCCGCCUUUGAGAGCAGACUUUCUGCAGCACAAGGGGUUCGUCAGGUGACGAGGCAGCACAGUCAUUACAGAGACAAGCGGGUUCCUGUGGAAGAACUGGACCUCAAAUUGACUCAGAGUUCCCAGAGGGGAGAGUCCACAUCUGACAGGCAGCCUGAGGAGAAUAAGAGCGACCAGCCCCUCGCCUUCAAUGACCCGCUCUGGCCCAUGCAGUGGGAACUGUUUGCACAGGGUGAGUACAGCUACAGUGGGCUUGACCUUAACGUGAUGCCGGCUUGGAUCAACACUGUCACCGGUGACGGAGUCGUGGUCAGCAUCAUCGAUGAUGGUAUUGAUCACACAAACAAGGACCUGAAGAAAAACUUUGAGGCCCUCGCCAGCUUCGACGUGCGUGCGUCACACGGUCUGUCACAUGAUCCCAUGCCAGUCAAAGACGAGGAGGAUAGUCACGGUACCCGAUGUGCGGGGGAAGUUGCCAUGGAGGCCAACAACUCCUACUGCGGUGUGGGCAUCGCCUUCAAUGCCAGAAUCGGAGGUAUCCGCUUGUUCGACGGCCCCAUCACCGACGCCAUGGAGGCCACCACCCUGACCUACAACAUGGCCUUCAUCGACAUCUACGUCUGCAGCUGGGGCCCGCGGGACGACGGCGCCACGGUGGACGGGCCGCAGAGCCUGACGGCGCAGGCCCUUCGGCUGGGGACCCACAAGGGCCGACGUGGGAAGGGCAGCAUCUAUGUGUGGGCGGCGGGUAACGGCGGCCUGCACCGCGACCACUGCGGCGCCGACGGCUACGUCAACUCCAUCCACAACAUCGCCGUCGGCGCCGUCUCCGAAACGGGGAAGCCCGCCUUCUUCGGCGAGCCCUGCCCCGGCGUGAUGGCCGUCACUCCGACGGGGUCCGCCGCGGGGGGCCCGCUCCCUCUGGUCACCGUGACCAAUAUGGACGACGGCUGUGUCACACACUUCCCAGGAACAUCCAGUGCUGCCCCCAUCGCUGCGGGGAUCCUGGCUCUCACCUUAGAAGUGAAUCCUGAGCUGACGUGGAGGGAUGUGCAGCAUCUGAUCGCCAACACAGCGAAGAUCCCCGACCCCAAAGAGCCCGGCUGGAACAUCAACGCGGCAGGAUACCAUGUUCACCAUAGGUAUGGUUUUGGAUUGUUGGAUGCAGGGCUGAUGGUACAGCAGGCCGCACACUUCAACACUGUUAUUCCCCAGAGGAAGUGCAUGCAAGAAGGCCCACUCAUUCCUACCAGGAUCCUUUCUCCGGGGGGCUUGGUGACUGUGAACAUUCAAUCCGAUGCCUGCCUUGGGACGACUGAUGACAUCAACACUCUGGAGCACGUUCAGGUGAGCGUGAGCAUCAACGCCGCGUGCCGCGGUGACCUCUCCAUCAGUCUGGAGUCUCCGUCUGGCACCGUGUCGCUGCUGCUGGAUACACGGCCCAACGACGCCUCUACGGACGGCCUGAAAAACUGGACCCUGAUGACGGUGCACUGCUGGGGGGAGCAGCCCCGGGGCCUCUGGACCCUCAAGGUGACUGACCACAAAGGCACAGCGAUGAGCUGUUCGAGGCCGAGUGACGAACAGGCAUCCGGAGCCGUGCUCAGCGCUACACUCAUCCUCUACGGCACCUACCGCCCACACAGGGCCGCUCACGAUGGACCCCUGCAGAGCAUUGUGUCCAUGGGGUUGCGUCACCCCGUCCCUCACAGGGAGGGGCCCCAACCUCAGGAGCUGAUUCAAUGGGUCUACCAAAUGGAGAGAGACAGGAAGGUGCGGGCUGCUGGUAUCAGUAUCCCAGCCAGACGCAAGAUGUGGAAGGUUCCUGGGGAUUUGGGCUUGGAUAAUCCCGACCUCAACAAGCUCUUGACUUCCAGUUCGGCGUUCCAGGAGGGACUCCAUCAAAGUAAACAGUCGGUGGGCAGCAGAGGAAGAAGCCGCAAAAGGACGACAUCAUUAAAAGAGCGCCAGUCAAAUCUGAAACGUUACAUCCCGACAGAUGUUGUACAGACGUCCUCCACAGAGUCACGAGCCUCAGCUGUGACGGGGCUGCAUGCGACCAAGACCAUCACGGAUGAUGUGGACAGAGAAAACAGAUCCUUACCGUCACAGAAUCUCCAGGAUGUCGUCAGCAGUCCGACCCUUCAGAUCCGGCAGGAGGAGAAACUGUGA